AUGCCCGCAGACAUCCUUAGUCGACGGCAUAUCGAGAUCAACAGGACGAAGCUUUACGUGGACAAUCUGCCCUUGAGAGACUUCGAUGGCGAACUAUAUGACACAUACCUAAGGGCAAUCCCAACGGACGCCCUCACAUCCCUCAAGAUGGCUAGCCCUACGCCACCACUCACGACUCGGCUCGAUUCGCUAAAGCGUCUACUCACCGAAGCGUCACGACUGGAGACCUUUCACUACGAUGACAGGGGCCAAGGUACUCGCUUUACGUUUACAGGAAAUGAGCGGCUGCCAGCCUUCAAGGAGCUGAACCUGCGAUCCUACGACUGGAACCACGGCUCAGACGUGGUGCUGAAGCACUGGGACUUCUCCCAGAUACAGCACCUGAAGCUCGUAGACGUCCCCAUGUUCCCCUUCCUCACCUCGAUAGCGUUCCCGGACCUCCGCCAGCUGCGGACGCUGCAUUGCGAGGACUUCAGCGCGCACCUGCCCGAGAAGCGCGAGGAGGCGACGCGGGGCCUCGACCUCCUCGUGCGCCAGAUCUGGGCCCUCAACACCCUCAAGCUGACGUGCCACACGCGGCUCUUUCCCGUGGUGGACACGCUGCUGCGGCACGCGGGCUCGCUGCGCAUGCUCCGGCUCCGCGACCACGUCGGCUUUGGCGACGAGGAGCGCCGCUGCCCGACGCUGCGGGCGUCGGACCUCGCGCGGCUGGCGGCGCACGGCGGCGGUCUAGUCCACCUGCGCGCGCUCGAGCUCGACAUGGACGUGGCGCUAUGCGACGACCCGCCGCUGUUCCUGCGCGCGCUGUGCGCGUUCCCGCGCCUGCACUCGCUGGUGCUACACACGCAGACGGUGCUGCGCCCGCUCGAGGAGGAGGUGGCACCACUAGGAACGGACCGCGACUACGACGCCGCGAUGGGGAUCUUUGCGGCGCUGGCGCGCGGGCGGCAGUCGGCGGGCGCGGUGACCUGGCGGUCGGUUACUGUUAAUGUGGGCGGGUGGCGGCACGUCAUGGUAAGGCGCAUGGGCGAGGCGUGGAGGGAGCAGAAUGCGCGGGGGGUGUUUGCUGAGCGGUGCUUUGUGAUGGAGAGGGGGGAGGGAGGGGGGAUGGUCGUGAGGGAGGAGAUGGCUGUGGAGACGUAG